AUGAAUUUUCGAGUUGUAAGUGAUCCCAAAUAUUUUGACAAGAAUUGGAACAUUCUACAACAUGCCAUUCGUGAGAUAUUCAAAUGCAACGACAACGCUAGGCAUUUUAGUUUUGCAGAGCUUCACAGAUAUGCAGUUGUAGCAGGGUCUUUUGAAAUGAUCAAAUUGGUGCCUAAUAAAGCAACUUUCCACAAACAUGCUUAUUAUAUGGUUCUUUACAAUUUUGGUGAGAAGCUAUACUCUGGGCUAGUUGCCACCAUGACUUCUCAUCUCCAAGAGAUAGCUAGAUCUCUUGAAGCCACUCAAGUAAGUUCCUUUAUGGAAGAAUUGAACACAAAGUGGAAUGAUUAUUAUAAGUCGUUACCAUUUCUUAGCGACAUUCUGAGGUACAUGGAAAGGACUUAUAUCCCCAGCACCAAAAAGACACCUGUUUAUGAACUUGGUUUGAACCUGUGGAGAGAAAAUGUUAUUUAUUCAAACCAGAUAAGGAAUCGAUUGUCGAAUAUGCUUUUGGAGUUUGUAUUCAAGGAGCGUGCCGGGGAAGAUGUUAACAGAGAACUGAUUAGAAAUGUUACAAAGAUGCUAAUUGAUUUAGGUCCUUCUGUUUAUGAGCAAGUAUUUGAGACUCCUUUUCUGCAAGUUUUAGCUGAAUCUUACAAGGCUGAAUCCCAGAAAUAUAUUAAGUGUUUUGACUGUGGGGAUUAUCUCAAGAAAGUUGAGAGGUGCUUGAAUGAGGAAACGGAUAGAGUUCAUUACUUGGACCCUAAGACUGAAAAGAAAAUUAUUAAUGCGAUCGAGAAGGAGAUGAUUGAAAAUCCCAUGCCUAGAUUAAUCAAUAUGGAGAACUCUGGGUUUGUAAACAUGAUUUGUGGUACUAAAUAUGAAGAUUUGGAAAGAAUGUAUAACUUGUUCCGACGUGUUCCUAAUGGUCUCUCAAAAAUAAAAGACGUGAUGAUCUCACACAUUCGAGUGUCCGUUAACAAGCUUGUUAUUGAUCCAAAAAGGUUGAAGGAUCCUGUUCAAUUUUUGUGGAGGCUCUUGGAUGAUCUCACCAUGCUCAGGAGGCUUGCUUCAACCCAUAUAAAGAUUUUCUUAGUCUUAAAACUUGGCCUUCAUUUCCUUUGA